UUUUCGCUUUACAUCGGUUGUAUAAAUAGUUCACUUUGCAACCGUCAUUGCACAUAACAUUCAGUCUGCAAUACACAUUCAUCAAGAAUUAUCAACAAUGGACUUCUCAUCAGCUAAAGUCGGAUUCGUUGGAGCCGGUAAUAUCGCUCAAGCCCUUGGAAAAGGAAUGAUUGCAUCCGGUCUUCUGAAGGCCAAUCAAAUGACAGCCAGUGCUCCGGAUGAUGGUUCGCUGGAUAUUUGGAAGACGUGGGGAUGCAAUACCCUUGUCAAUGACAAUACCUCCAUAUUCAAGGGAAGCAAUAUUGUUGUGCUUGCUGUCAAGCCAAACUUAUUCCCUGACGUUGUUAGGGAUUUGAAGGAAUGUAAUGGACCAGAAAAUCAGUUAGUUUUGUCUGUGAUGAGUGGGAUCACUAUUGAAGAACUUGAAAAGGGUAUUUUUUCACGAGUGCCUAAUCUUAAGGCCAUAAUUCGUGUGAUGCCCAAUACUCCUGCUUUGGUGGGUGCUGGUUGUGCAGUGUACUGCCUCAAUGAGCAUGCAUCGUCCAAUCAUGCUGAUGCAACCAUCAAAAUCUUAGAAAGUGUGGGAAUUUGUUGCCAGGUGCCUGAGUGUCACAUGAACGCUUAUACUGGAUUGUGCGGGAGCGCGCCAGCAUAUGUCUAUAUGGCGAUUGAGGCCCUUUCGGACGGAGCCGUAAAAAUGGGAAUCCCUCGACCGUUGGCGACCCAAUUUGCUGCCCAAAUGGUUUAUGGAUCGGCCAAAAUGGUUCUCGAUACCAAGCGUCAUCCUGGAUCGUUGAGAGAUGACGUGUGCUCGCCUGGAGGGACGACUAUUGCCGGCGUCCAUGCCCUUGAAAAGGCAGGAUUCAGGGGCGCAUUGAUCGAUGCCGUCGAGGCGGGGACCAAACGGGCUCAAGAACAAAGCGUUCACAAAUAACGAGGAUCCAUGAUCUGACGACGGCUGUCGCUUCCACCUUGUGAUUGUUAAACUCUAAAAAUGAUUAUAACUU